AUGAUUGACGCCAACACCAAGGUCUACAUCGCCUGCAGCUCCGUGCUGUACCUCAAGUUCCUGCUCGCCACAGGCAUUCAGGGCGGCAAGAAGUUCCGCUCGGGCGGUCGUCCGCCCGAAGAUGCCGUGCUCAGUCUGGCCAACACCAUUGGCAAGGGCCGGAAGCAGACGUACGGCCUGGACAAGACCGACGACGAGAAGGUGCUCAAGGCCCGUGAGGUUGAGUACCGCUGGACGCGCAUCGUGGGCAACGAUCUUGAGUCGAUCCCCUUCGCGCUCUUCAUCUUCGGCGGCGGUAUCCUGGCCGGCAGCAACCCCACGGUCCAUGCCGGCGCAAUGACCGUCUACACGGUCGCUCGCUGUCUGCACACGUACGUGUACGCACACGCUAUGCAGCCCGCUCGCGGUAUUUGCUGGGGCAUAGGUGUGCUCGCCACCCUCGUGGGCGUCGGCAACGCUGUCGUCGCCAUCCUGUAA